AUGAAGCCUUCUACGCUAUCAAAGAACAACCAGAAAUGGGACUUGCGUAAAGAAGAGAUCUAUCAAUUCUACGUUGAAGAGAAGCAUACACUUCCAAUCACAAUGCAUACAUUCGAGCAGAAAUAUGGUCUCAAGGCAAGCAUGCGGAAGUGGAAGCUAAAGCUCGAUGAAUGGAAGUUCAAUAAGAAUAUUCGAACAGACGAAAUGCUUUUCGUCCUCGCGAAGGGAGAAAAGCGAGCAAAGCACGAUGGAAAAGACACCGUCUUCUUUCAUGGAGGAUCACGAAUUAAGAGGCAGAAGAUCGAAAAGUUCAAGAGAAAGAGUGUGGCGAAUCAACAGACUGAUGGGACUGUCGAUUCCAAAACUCCGGAAGCAAUAAGGUACCAUACUCCAAGCCCGAACGAGGAUUUAACCGCCGACGAGCUUCCACUUCCUCAGCACCAACCGAGUGUACUCGAUAAAGAUGAGCAUCCAAACUUGUGUCAUCUUCCAACCACUGAAGAUGUGGCAUUUCGUCAACAAGAAAUAUUAGUAAUGGACAAGCGCUACGAGUUUAACACAAUUCAUGAGCUAUCGGCAGCUGUACCAGGAGCCCUCUUAACUUUCAUUCACUUCCAUUAA